UUUAGGAGCCCGAAUGAGUGGGUGAUAGGUCUCUCCUGACUGGGAAGGUUGUUCCUGCAAGUCGGGAUUGGGUUUCAGGUCAGAGGGACCAUGCGGAGAGACAGGAGGGCAGAGCUGUGCUCGGGGCUGCUCCCCAGGACCUGAGCUGGGACCCAGAGUUUUCAGAGCCCACCUGAUCACUGUUACAGAAUGGACUCCAGUCCGGCGGGGACCCCCAGUCCGCAGCCCUCGAGGGCCAAUGAGAACAUCAACCUGGGGCCUUCAGCCAACCCAAAUGCCCGGCCCACCGACUUCGACUUCCUCAAAGUCAUUGGCAAAGGGAACUAUGGGAAGGUCCUGCUGGCCAAGCGCAAGUCCGAUGGCACGUUCUACGCAGUGAAGGUGCUGCAGAAAAAGUCCAUCUUAAAGAAGAAAGAGCAAAGCCACAUCAUGGCAGAGCGCAGUGUGCUUCUGAAGAACGUGCGGCACCCCUUCCUCGUGGGCCUGCGCUACUCCUUCCAGACGCCGGAGAAGCUCUACUUUGUUCUGGACUAUGUCAACGGGGGAGAGCUCUUCCUCCACCUGCAGCGGGAGCGCCGGUUCCUGGAGCCCCGUGCCCGGUUCUACGCCGCCGAGGUGGCGAGUGCCAUCGGCUACCUGCACUCUCUCAACAUCAUUUACAGGGACCUGAAACCAGAGAACAUUCUCUUGGACUGCCAGGGACAUGUGGUGCUCACGGAUUUUGGCCUCUGCAAGGAAGGUGUAGAGCCUGAGGAGACCACGUCCACGUUCUGUGGCACCCCCGAGUACUUGGCUCCAGAAGUGCUUCGUAAAGAGCCUUAUGAUCGGGCAGUGGACUGGUGGUGCUUGGGGGCAGUUCUCUAUGAGAUGCUGCACGGCCUGCCGCCCUUCUACAGCCAAGACGUGUCCCAGAUGUAUGAGAACAUUCUGCACCAGCCGCUACAGAUCCCUGGGGGCCGGACGGUGGCCGCCUGCGACCUCCUGCAAGCUCUUCUCCAUAAGGACCAGAGGCAGCGGCUGGGCUCCAAAGCAGACUUUCUGGAGAUAAAGGCUCAUGUUUUCUUCAGCCCCAUAAACUGGGAUGACUUGUACCAUAAGAGGCUGACUCCACCCUUCAACCCAAAUGUGGCAGGACCUGCUGACUUGAAACACUUUGACCCAGAGUUCACCCAGGAAGCUGUGUCAACAUCCAUUGGCUGCACUCCCGACACGAUGGCCAGCAGCUCUGGGGCCUCAAGUGCAUUCCUGGGAUUUUCCUAUGCACCAGAGGAUGAUGCCAUCUUGGAUUGCUAGAAGGAAGCACCUUCGAAACCAGUGAACACGGCCGGUAUCCGUAACAAUUACCUUCAGCCGCUAGUAACAGAGACUCAAAGUAACAAUGGCUUACACAAGAUUAUUUUUUCCCAGCACAUAAAAGAAGAAUGGUGUUAGUGUCCAUGGCUCGUAUGACAGGUCAUCAGAUACUCAGAGGCUUUCUGUAUUUCUGCUCUGCCAUCCUUGGCAAAUGGCUUCCAAUAUUAGGAUUGCUACAUUAUCACAAGAUGGUUACUGGAGCUCUAGCCACUGCUUCUGUGUCCUGGGCAAGGAAAAAGGAGGAAAGGAGGCAAAAGGGCACCUUUAUAGAGCUCCCCCAGAAGCCCCACCCAGUGACUUCUUCCAUCUUGCUAGCCACCCACCCUACUGUAUGGAGGCUGGGAUAUGUGUCUUAUUAGCUGGGCACAUUACUACCUGUGCCUGAUAACACAGGGGUUCUGACACUAAAGGAGAAGGGGAAAAUGUGGGGUAGACAACCAGCACCUCUUUCCCAGAGGGCCUCUUGGUGCCUGGAUUUUUAUCUCACUGUGUAAAAUGACAGACACGUAACAAGCUUAUAGGGUAUCACCCAACAGCCUCUUAUUUUUCUAUGUUGA